AUGCUGACAAAGGCUGCAAAGAGGGAGAAAUUGAAAUUGCUAAAAGAGGCUAGAAAAACCGGAGGAAGAGUUUUACUAGAUUCAGAUGACGAAACUAACUUAAAUGAAAUUUAUGACGAGGUUGAUGAAGAGACGUUUAGAGAACAUAAGCGACACCAAUUGAUGAAUGAUGAUUUCAUUGUUGAUGAUAAUGGUGAAGGAUAUGUUGACAAUGGUGCUGAUGAAUGGGAUGACUCGUCAAGACCUAAUUACUACUCCGAUGAAGAUGAUGUUGAUUCAAAUAAAAGGAAACGUAAAAAGAAAGAUGAGCAGAGGCCCAUUAAAGUUGCAAAAACUGCACCAAUCAACAACUUUUUCAAAUCCACUACUAUCCGCACUAAUGAGGUGAAAAAGGUUGACAUGAAUAUCGAUGAUAUUUUAGAAGGCUUUCAAGAUGUGCCACAGAAGAAAGUAAAUGUGGCAAAAUCAUUUGCAAACUUUAAGAAAUCGGUCCCUAUUAAAAAGCGGAAACCAAACACUUCAUUCACAUUCUCCACCAUCAACAAAGAAAGGAAAUCGCCAUCAGUCGAGGCAUUCAAUGCAUCCUCAGACUACACUAUGGAUUUUGAAGAGGUCGAACAACCGUCUUCUCCUGUUACAACAAUUGCUAGCGAUGCAGUUCAAGAGAAGGAGAAUGUAGACCCAGCAUCAUCACCUCGAAAAGAAGUGAAGAGCGAAAAAACAUUACCAGAAUCAAAAUUGGACGAAAGUGAUUCAGAUGACGAUGUAAUUUUUGCAAAAAGACCAAAAACAUCAGGAGUCAAGAGGGAGCAUAACACCGCAACAAUCUCUUCAGUGAAGGCUGGCGCAAUUUCUUCAUCUCCUCCAAGACAGCCAUACACCGCAUUUGCAAAUCAUACAGACAAGAUAGAUGAACAGGAUGUGAAUAGUGAAACAGGAAGUUUCAGGAUGUUCUGGAUGGACUACGCUGAAGUUGAAAACUCAUUGUUACUUUUUGGUAAGAUUCAAACCAAAGAUGGGAAGUUAGCUUCAGGAGUGGUUCAAAUCAAUGGUCUUUGUCGUGAGUUGUACAUUUUACCAAAGGAAAAACAAUCCAACCUGGGAAACCAAAGAUUCUCCACUGAUGAUGUUCUUGAUGAGAUUACCCCAAUAUUUAUGGAAAAUUACAAAUUGGAAUCCCUCAGAGCAAAACCAGAAACUAAAAAAUAUGCAUUUGAGUUGGCCUAUAUUCCAAAGGAGGCUGAGUAUCUUAAAGUGUUGUUGCCAUACAAUACUGUCACAAAUAGAAAAGUCCUUCCUGCUGAUACUGAAGGGGAAACAUUUAGCCAUAUAUUUGGAACCAAUGCCAACAUGUUUGAAUCUUUUGUCACACAAAGAGGUAUUAUGGGUCCAUGCUGGCUUGAAAUUCAAGGAGGUGAUUUUGAUGCUAUUCGUAACUCGUCUCAUUGUCAAAUUGAAGUUGCUAUUGCUCUGCCGGGGAAGAUAAGUGUUGUGGAUAAAGCGCCACCAGCAGCUCCUGACUUGACUUGUACAUCAAUAUCGGUGCUAACUGUGAUGAAUCCAAAACAAAACAAACAAGAAGUGGUGUCUGUAUCCGUAGCAACAUAUUACAAUUUACCUCAGGAUGCUCCAAUUCCAGAAGACUUGAAGCCGGAUGAUGUGAUUACCUAUGCAAGACCCGUUGGCGCUGUUUCAUUCCCACCAGGGAUGGCACAAUUGGCAAAAAAGGAAAUGUUUGAGUUGCGCAUGUGCCCAAACGAAAAGGUUUUAUUGAACGCGGUGGCAGCAAAAAUCAAGACAGUUGAUCCUGAUAUAUUCAUUGGUCACAGGUUGGAAAACAUCUCCUUGGAUGUUUUGGUGCAUCGUAUGCACGAUAAUCAAGUCACCACUUGGUCAGCCUUGGGGCGCAGGAAUAGAAAGCAAUGGCCACAAUCUAUAAACAAACAUGGUUCAGGUUUCAAUAAUAACUUGCUAAUCCGUGAAGUGUUCCGAGGAAGAUUAUUAUGUGACAUUGCCAAUGAAAUGGGGCAAUCACUAACAAUGAAAUGUCAGUCAUGGGAUUUGGUAGAAAUGUAUGACGUUGUCUGUCACAAAAAGCAUAAUGCAUUGGACAUUAAUUUUCAAAAUGCGAAAUUUUCAGAAGAUGCAACUCUAUUCAUGCUUGCAUUGAAAGAGAACGAGAUUAAUGUAAAGAUUGCUAGCGAGGUGGCUUUUGCUACUCAGAUACUUUCAUUGUCAAAGCAAUUGACCAACAUUGCUGGUAAUGCUUGGAGUCAUACUUUGAGUGGUACGAGGGCAGGUCGAAACGAGUAUAUCUUGUUGCACGAGUUUAGAAGAAACAACUAUAUUGUGCCAGACAAGGAAGACUCCACGCACAAGAACACCUCGUUUCAACAAGAAGCGCAAUUGGAAAAUGCUGAAGAAGACGUACAAACUGCUACAUCCAACAAGAAGCCAAAAUACCAAGGUGGAUUGGUCUUUGAACCCGAAAAGGGAUUGCACAAGAACUAUAUCUUGGUCAUGGACUUCAACUCAUUGUACCCUAGUAUUAUUCAAGAAUACAAUAUUUGUUUCACUACGGUUGACAGAGAUAGGUUCAAUACCACACACAACGAGGAUAAGGAUAUGCCUUUGAUACCAGACAAUGACUCGGAGAGAGGAGUGUUGCCAAGAUUGUUGAACUCGUUGGUCACCCGUCGUAGAGAGGUAAAAAAGUUGUUGAAAGAUCCCAAAAAUACCCCUUUCCAGAAAGCUCAGUACGACAUUAAACAACAAGCAUUGAAAUUGACGGCCAAUUCCAUGUAUGGAUGCUUGGGUUAUGUGAAUUCGAGAUUUUAUGCCAAGCCAUUGGCAAUGUUGGUGACAAACAAAGGUCGUGAGAUUUUAAUGGAUACGAGACAACUAGCUGAGUCUUCGAGUUUGAGGGUUGUUUAUGGAGAUACCGAUUCGGUUAUGAUUGAUACUGGUGCACAAACGUACAAAGAUGCCAUCAAGGUUGGUGAUGAGUUUAAGGUGCAAGUCAAUGAGCGGUAUAAGAUGUUAGAAAUUGAUAUUGAUAAUGUAUUCAAACGGUUGUUGCUACAUGCUAAAAAGAAAUAUGCAGCCAUGAAUGUGUCGAUAAACAAAGUCACCGGCGAAGAAGUGACUACUUUAGAAGUUAAAGGAUUAGAUAUGAGAAGACGUGAAUAUUGUCAGCUUUCCAAAGAUAUUUCCACAUUUGUGUUAAUGAAAAUUUUGUCUGAUGCUGAUCCUGAAGAAGCUUUGCAGGAUGUCUACACGUUUUUGGAGGAGAUGCGUGAUAAAAUUUUGGGUAAUGAAAUGCCAGUGGACAGAUUCAAGAUCAACACCAAACUUUCGAAAGAUCCCAACAAUUAUCCCAAUGGGAAAUCAAUGCCUCAAGUGCAAGUGGCUCUUCGAUUGAAAAAUGAAGGCAAAGUUGUCAAAGCCGGUAGUGUGAUUUCCUAUGUUGUCACUGCACCUACUGAUGAGAAUGACAAGUCUACAGUUGCUGAAAGAGCAAGAGCAAUACAGGAGUUGUUGUCUAAGAAAUUGAAUCUCAAGCCAGACCCAAUGUUUUAUCUUGAGAAGCAGAUAUUUGCCCCUGUUGAAAGAUUAUUGGACAAGAUUGAGUCUGUUGAUAUGAUGAGGGUGGCAACAAGCUUGGGCGUUGAUACCAAACGUUAUAUUCUCAAGGUGAAGAAUGAAGGUUUCAAUGGGGAAAUCACCUCCAUUGAAUCGAAUAUUUCCGACCAAGAGCGGUUUAGACAAUCGAGUUAUCUUGUGUUGAAGUGCAACUGUGGCCAUGUUUUCAGGUAUGGUGGUAUACAAGCAUCGAAUGACUACAAAGUGACAUUCAAUGGUGUUACAUGCAAGAAAUGUGACUAUACAUUCCCCACAAUCAAAUUAACAGCACAACUUGAAGCGACAAUAAGAAAACACAUUGCUUUGUAUUAUUGUGGGUGGUUAGUUUGUGAUGACAAUUCAUGUGGCAUUGAAACAAGACAGAUUUCCGUUUAUGGGAAACGAUGCAUUGGAGCUUCGGGUAAAGGAUUGGAUUGUAGAGGAGUUAUGAGGUACAGGUAUACCGAUAAGGCGUUGUACAAUCAAUUGUUGUAUUUCAAUUCCAUAUUCGAUGUGGAAAAGACCAAAGCAGGUAAGUUGAGACCCAUUGUUGAUGCACUUGAGACUCCAGCUGGUAGUGGGGGUAAGGAAGACCAACAGAAAUUGGCUCAAGGUCAAGUUGAUGCUUUGGCCGAACAGAAUAAGGAGUUGUUUGGAUAUUGUCAGGAAGUUGUCCUGAAGUAUCUCGAUGAGUGUGGACGUAGGUAUGUGAAUAUGGGAUCAAUCUUUGACUUUAUGGCAUAA